AGGAAUUUCACACUCCGUAUGGUUUUCUCUUUUUUUUUGACGCUUUCUCUUUUUUUUUGUUUCUUUCUCUUUACUUAUACCAAAUGGAUCGACUCACACAAUUACAAGAUGCUAUUGAUACGAUGGCUCGUAUGUUUACAAACAGUAUUUAUUAUGUACACGAAAAAUCAAACAUGGCCGAAUUGAAUAAAGAUAUUCCAGUAUUACAACCAAAAGUUCAAGCCGAUCCUCCAGAUAUUUUUGAUCAAAAUGUUAAGGAACUUGUAUCAGAUCUUGGGAAAAAGGCAAAAGAAAUAGAUACAUUGAUAGAAGGUUUACCAGGCAUACAAAGGACUGAAGAAGAACAGGAAAGUCACAAUUUAUUGUGUUUUAUCGUGUGGUUAUCAAUUUUUUUGUCGAAAGUGUCAGAUUGACCAAAUAAGAUUAACCUUCUUUUUUGUAUCUUUUUUUUUUUUUUU